AUAAAAGUAAUAAAUAAAAUUAUGAAAGAUAGCACAUGUGCAAUAUGGCGCCGCGCAGAGAAUUUCGAUCGAACCUUAAUUCGGCGAAAUCAUCAAAGAAAAGCGCCAAGAAUUGGUACGAAAAUUAUUUAGAAUGGGGGAAAAUUACUUCUUUAUUCACCGAUCCAAGGAAACUAUUCCUAAUUGGAAGAGUGUUUAUUAUUCUGGAAAUAAUCUUAAACAUAUUGGUUAUCGAACGAGUGCCAUACACAGAAAUUGACUGGAAAGCAUAUAUGCAAGAAGUCGAAGGCUUCUUGAACGGAACGUUGGACUAUUCGAAAUUGAGAGGUGACACUGGACCAUUAGUCUACCCUGCGGGAUUUGUUUAUAUAUUUUCCGCACUAUACUACAUCACGGGACACGGAGCAGAGAUAAAAAUAGCUCAAUACUUCUUUGCAAUUCUCUACAUAAUACUACUUCUAUUAGUUUUCCGAAUUUAUGCGAAAACUAAGAAAGUUCCGCCUUAUGUUUUGAUUAUUAUGUGUUGUACGUCUUAUAGGAUCCAUUCUAUAUUUACUUUGAGGCUUUUCAAUGACCCAGUUGCAAUGGUAAUGUUAUUUGCAAGUCUUAAUGCAUUUUUGGAUGACCGGUGGUAUCUAGGAAGUAUUCUCUAUAGCUUAGCUGUGUCCAUAAAAAUGAACAUUUUGUUAUUUGCACCUGCACUUCUUAUAGCUUAUUUAUAUAAUCUAGGUUUACUUAAAACUAUAGCACAUCUAUUUGUGUGCGCUACAAUUCAGUUAAUAUUAGGUCUACCUUUUAUACUCAAUAAUGCCCUUUCAUACAUUAAAGGUGCUUUUAAUUUUGGGAGAGUUUUUGAAUUCAAGUGGACUGUAAAUUGGAGAUUUCUGCCAGAGCAUGUUUUUGUUCAUCCAUACUUCCAUGCAUCGUUAUUAUUGCUGCAUAUAUUGACUUUACUUUAUUGUGCAUCAAGGUGGAUACAGUAUAUGAAAUCAUAUGCAAAACUAAAGCAUUUAGAGAAAAGCUUACAGCCUCAGUUAAAAAAGAAAGAGAAAGUAGAUAUGUCUACAAUGAGUCAAUUGUUUAUUCUUCCUAUGUUUGCUGCUAAUUUCAUUGGUAUUACAUUUAGCAGAUCAUUGCAUUAUCAAUUUUAUGUAUGGUACUACCACACAUUACCUUAUAUUGCAUGGUGUACAGAGUAUAAGACUGUUUUAAAAUUGACUAUUUUAGGCAUAAUAGAAUUAUGUUGGAACACUUACCCAAGCACAAUUUUCAGUAGUGUUUCAUUACAUAUAUGCCAUUUAAUUUUGUUAUUUGGACUUAUUAAAGACAAAUCUAUCUAUGGAAAAGAAAAAUAAAAAUGUUUAUAUGACGUAAUGUCUACUUUUCCCUUUCCUCCAUAAUGAAAUUGUAUAACUGGAAUGUUUUACUAUAUUUCUGAUUUAUACCUUAUAGAGUUAUUUUUCUACUUUACUGGAGAAAAAUAUGGAAGAACAAAGACGUUAUUGUUGAAUUCUAAAUAAAGUUAAAUUUUUGUGUAAAAGAUACCAAUAAUGUAUUAUAAUAAUGUAACUAUAUAUAUUUAAAAUAUAA